CGAUAACUGCCAAAAUCCUUCCUUCAUCCGCUCUCUGGACACAAAAAUGGCUGCCGCUUCUCCUUCCUCUCUCCUCCUUCCUCUCCCCAACUUCUCCUCCACCUCUCGAUUUCCUCACCGCACUCGCUCUCUUCCGCUCUUCAAAACAACAGAAUCGAAAUCCUCAAUUAAGCCUACUACUACUACUGCUACGGCGUUUGCUCUGACGGAAUCAUCAUCAGGCUCCCCGCAAUCCCUCGGCCCGGACCUUCAAAUUCUUCUCCAGGAGCUAGCUGAUUGCUUUGUUCUUCCCGAUGAUUACUUUCAGCAGCUGCCACGGGACCUUCGUCUCGAUCUGAACGAUGCUGCUUUUGAUCUUUCAAAUGGCACUGUGAAAGAUGAGUGUGGCGAAGAGCUCGGACAGACUUUACUAAAUAUCACUCGAGCAUGGGAGCUUGCAGACGCAUCAACUUCAGCAAACUUAAUGAGCAAGCUCCCGGUUUUAGUGACCUCUCUUACCAGCAGCAAUAAAUCAGCACUCGGCAAGCGCUUGGUAUCUGCUUCCAGGAGGUUCCAGUCAAUGGGCCAAUACGGUCAGGGUGAACUUCAACAGAUUGCCAUAGUGAUGAAUAAGGCUGGCAAGCUAUUAUCGACAAGUUCGGAAAGAGAGGUUCCUGUUGAAGAUGCCAAACAGGAAAGUAGAGUUCUAAAGUUUGGCGAGCUUCAGGUUGAAUUGACUGCAAACAACGCGUUCAUCGGCGCUGUAAUAGGAUUUAUCUUCGGGAUUCUUUCCUGGCAAGUGAGUCGAGGCAUCCAAAGCAUACCGGAGAGCUCGUUGGAGUAUGCAAACGACAAUGCCCUGCUUAUUGCCAAGUCUCUGCGCGGGUUUCUGCUUGCGCUGUUCUACACAUCGGCCGUGCUCUCGGGUUUUGCGAGCGUCGGGCUUGUCCUGCUUGGAGGGAAGUUAAAGUUUAAAAAAAAAUAAUGAGAUGAACUUGUGGUUUCCAUGGCUGGAUCUAGUGUUUUAUUUCUUCUUCACUCAUGUAAGUUAUCAUGCUUUACUAUAUAACUUCAUUAUUUAUGAUAAAAACAUAUUGUUCA